CUGCUGCUGGGAACAACAACAACGACCAUAAUUUCUCAAUUUGCUGGCGUAAGUGGCGAGCGAUGCUGAUUAGGGUUAAAUGAGCGAAAACGACAGGAAUUGAUUAGCACGAUGCACUCGAAUCGAAUUAUUAACGAAUUCAGUCCGCUGCCACGAGCAGAACACGCGAAUGCCGCUGAUUUGUUUUCAUUUGGUGCUGCUCGCUGCUCCCGGCAUCACCAGAGGUUUUUUAAAAGUCAUAAAAGAAAUUCCCGAACCAACGCGACGCCAGCUUUAAUCUCAGAUAGGCGGGUGCCUGAAAAAUCUUCCGAUUUCGGCAUUGGCCUUGGCGACCGAUUAUGAUUAAUACUUAACGGUGACGGGUCUUCACGGGCUCAAGCUCAAAUCUUUCCCGACAUCUUAUCGCGCGGAAAUUUUUGUAUUUCGGUGUUCGAUUCUGGUCGAAUUAUUCAUGUUUGGCGCGUGGCCAGAAAGAAACCGUCUACUGAUAUCACCACCAAAUAAUAAUAGAACCGAAAGUCGGUCGCGUGUGAAACGCCUGAUUUCGAUGGGCUUAUCACUAGGAUUUCUACAGAGGAACAAACAACCUGUGCCUUCGGUUGAACCAAUUUGUGCGUGAUAACACUUGUAAACUUGUUGACAUAAAUAGUUUCUUACUAUCAAGUGCAAUGUUUACAGUUAAAUAGUUUUACAUUUCUUAAGAAAAUACUACGAAUUUAGUGACUGCGUCAGAUUGAAUUUUCGUUUUGAGUUAUUCUGAAAUUCUCUUAUAUCAUAAUGAUAUAUUUAUCAUAUUUUUGCAAUUCAAUAGCAACAAUUAAUGCAGUAUCCAAUUUAGUUCUUAUUAGGUAAUUGAUGCCGGCCGAAACACACACACGCUGGCAGAUAUGCUUCUCUCUCGCCUACACUCGCACACACAUACGUUACGGGCAUCGCGCGAUGUGUAAAAUCCAAUAGGAAUCAAGGUCAGCAACGAGUGCGAGAGCGAGAGGGCGAGCGAGGAAAGACGAGCAUAUUGCAGAUGGAAGUAAUUGGAAUUUAUGUUGUCCAUUGCACUUUGGUUGAAAUCCGCACUUUAUCCAGCGAAUAGCGAAUUCAAAUGCUAAACAAACGCGGGUCCCGAUCUACGUCUAUGCUAUGGGGUUAUUCACCCCGCUCAUUUGCAUACACAUAUGCGCAUACAUUUCGCUCGGAUCGGGCCGUAAUUACCCGUUUAGCGCUUAGAUUACCGCACUUACUCUUCUCCAUCGCACUGCGCUUCGCACGUUUCUUUCGGUUGGCAAUUUUGUUGUGUGUAACUGUUCUUUUCCGGGUGCAAAACGGCCUCUUUUUGGCUAUUUGAGCCCUGAAUCCCCGAUUUGUGUGGUUCUCGCGAGUCCCAGAUGGGCUUGUGGCACGGCUGAUAAGUUAUCAGCUUGUGACCGUCUGAAGUACUGUGUUUUGUUAUUUUUCGCUCGAUUUUUUAUUCGUAUUUCACGCGUAAUUCGGACCACUUAGCCGGUGUGACCGUUCGCCUCAGAGGAAUGAAAAAAUACUGAGCGGGGUAAUCAACAGCUGUUCGGCGGGUGCCAGCCAACCCUGUCCUUGCAGGGCUGCAUUACCGGCGCAGAUUUUUCGGCGCGUGCAUUUUAUAAACAACAUUUACGGAAAUAACGAGAGUUUCAAGCAUGUUUGACGUGGAACCUAUUAUUGCCGAUCACAAGGAUGUGAUACACGACGUGGUCUUUGAUUAUUACGGCCGCAGAAUGGCCACCUGCUCCAGCGAUCAGACGGUCAAGAUUUGGGAUGAGGACGGGCAAGGCAAGUGGAAUGUCACAAGCAGCUGGAAAGCGCACUCCGGUUCCAUUUGGCGCGUUUCCUGGGCUCACCCGGAAUUUGGCCAGGUUGUGGCCACUUGCUCCUUCGAUCGCACCGCCUCCGUUUGGGAGGAGGUGAUUGGCGACAAGGUGUCCGCGACCAAUGCCCCCAUACGCCGCUGGGUGCGCCGCACCACCCUUGUGGACUCGCGGACCAGUGUCACGGAUGUGGAGUUUGCGCCCAAGUACCUGGGACUCCUGUUGGCCACUGCAUCCGCAGACGGCAUUAUCCGCAUCUAUGAGGCCCCCGACAUCAUGAACCUAUCGCAGUGGCCUGUGCAGCACGAGAUUGCCAACAAACUGCCGCUAAGCUGUUUAUCCUGGAACACUUCCACUUACAUGGUCACUCAGCUGAUAGCGGCUGGCAGCGACGAAGCAGCCACGCCUACUGGCAAGGUGUUCUUGUUUGCGUAUAGCGAGAAUACCCGAAAGUGCGUCAAAAUCGAGACUGUCAACGAUAUAACCGAUCCAGUCACGGAUGUGGCCUUUGCUCCAAAUGCCGGACGGACUUUCCACAUGCUGGCAGUGGCCAGCAAGGAUCUUUAUAUUGUAAACUUGCGGGGUGUGACGGACGCUACUGACAUCUCCAAACUGGAUAUCCAAACUAUUAAGUUUAGCGAGCACAAUUGCCCUGUGUGGCGCGUCUGCUGGAAUAUGCUGGCCACGAUGCUGAUCUCCACGGGCGAUGACGGUUGCGUGCGUCUGUGGCGGAUGAACUACAACAGGCAAUGGCGAUGUGCCGCCGUAUUGAAGGCAGAGGGCAGCGGACCCACUUACGAGCCUGCUCCGCCCACUCCCACACUGGCUACUACCGCCUCGGCCACGGCCAAGUUCUACAAGAAGGGCACAAUCGGCAACCAGGUGCCGUGGCACUGAUCUUGUUCUUAAUUGUAAGAGUCCCGAAUAAAUUCAUAAGUUAAACCUCA